UCACAUAUGAGCAGCUCCUAUUGUUGGUACUUUUGUAACCCUUUCAAAGCAAACACAGAAAAAAAAGAGAGGAGCAAUGGCGACAUCGCUGGUGCGAUCGGGCUUUCUUCGAAGCGCCCUACGAGGAAGCGCUCGUGGCUCUCAGGUUCCCAAGAGAAACUUUGCUUCCUCUGGUCAUCACGACGAUGCAUAUGAGACGGCCAAAUGGGAGAAGAUUACAUAUCUAGGCAUAGUCAGUUGCACUGUUUUAGCCUUUUAUAAUCUAUCAAAGGGCCACCCUCACUUUGACAAACCUCCAGCAUACCCAUAUUUGCACAUCCGCAAUAAGGAAUUCCCUUGGGGACCUGAUGGACUAUUUGAAUCGAAGGACCACCACUAGGAGUAUAAGUGCUUUAAUGAAGGUAUUUUUGGCACCGGUGGCCUUUCGUUUUGUCAAUGUUUAAGAAAUAGUGAUGAUUAUUGUGGCUUUUGAAAUGGGAUCAAGAAUUUGCACUUGACAACGGUAGUUUGUCAUGUUUUUAUCUCGUGUUCGUUCAAUUGGUUGAAACAAAAUAAAAUUGUCAAACAAUAUGAUGCUUCUUUUUAUGCUGAUUCUUGUUCAAUAAGAUUCUGAAAGAAAAUGAUCUUAAGAUGACAAUUAUUUUA